GGUGAAAUGGUGCGAACGUUAAAAUCGAGAAAGAAAUCUCUUCUCUGCUUUACCGCUCGUUUAAUCCAGAUACGUAUCUUUCCUACGAAUUAAUUAUGGAAACACUUCCGGCGCAGCGAAAGCGGAAGUAGCGUGUAAAAGAAAGUCUAAUCAGUGUAAUGUAUGUACGAACAAUUCCACGUAUAAUUUUUUUUUCUAUGAAUAUCUAUAUCGGACUGUCGUAAGUAUGUAUUUCUUUUCUUUUUAAUUAAAAUGAUUUACGAUAUCCAAUUAUGAUAAAUAUCAACGCGGAAUAUUCAGUGAUUAGUAAGAACCGUUUUGACUCGCCGAGUAGAACGUAACCUGACUUUUUUGUCAACGUUCAAUUCGCCGCGCAAUGUUCGCAUCGUACCCGAUUAAUUAAUCAAGUGUUUUCGCGGCGUGACACGUUUCUACCUGAGAUUCUCGUAUAUCUCGUUUGUGCCUCCGUAAUUAACGCGUUGAAUUGUUCCGUAUGAUGCGAUACGGAAACGGGAAUGUGUGUUAGUGCGAUUGUAACGCGGCAGCUCAUGACUCGCGUCGAUCGUAUGCAAAUCCAAAUAUAAUCUGGCAGAGCCGGUGACAACGAGUAACGGUCGAGAAACCUUAGGUGAUCCGAGCCGAUCGAAUUUCGAAAUCGACACGACAACAUCGCAUAAUGGCCAUGCAGUUACAGGUGUGUCCAAUCGUGAUCGUUUCACUUUUUAUUACUCGUGCCUCGAAGGUACAACGAACCGUGUUGCACUGUUCCUCGAAUUAACUUGGACGCAGCAGGAAAUUAUAUCGAUGAGAUGUCAUUCCCACUUGGAUCGACAAUAAUAUUUAUCAACGAAUGAAAUAACCUAUCUAACCUUUUUUUUUAUCACAAGUAAUCGCAAGUAAUUAAAAACAAUAUAAAUAGAGAUAAUGAAGUAGGAAACCUCGAAAAGUUUUAUCAUUCUAUCCGAUCGAGAGUUACAGGAGCGUUUGAUGGAAUUGCCAACGACACUGUAGAACGUUCAAUUGACCAUCUGUCGACAUGUGUGUGUUUGCGUGUCUCGUUUGAAAAGAAGCAACGAGAAGUCACGUAAGGACUGAGGAGGAAUAAAAAUACCUUCUAACGACAAACGUAGGAAGCGGAAAAUUCAACGCCAUUUUACGCACGCCGAGAUCCGUAACCGAGAUUACGCGGAUCAGUCAGGUGUCGUUUGACGUAGUAACGAAAACAGUGAUCAUUCCUGCUUGUUCGAGCAUUUCGCAUUCGUAGUUCAUCGUAUCAAGACGUUAACAGUUCGACAAGAACAUGUACUGUAUCGGACUAGCGUUGAUCACAAGGAUCAUCAGCACCUACACCAUGUCGCUGUCAAUACUUAUGAUAAACCUGUUGAUGAGCAGAUAUUUUUCGAAAAUAACGGACGAAGGAUUCUUUAAUUCCAUGGAAAGUUGGGGUAUACUUGGUUUUAAUUGGUUGCAAGUUUUAAAAAACUUACAAGUAAGGUAUAAAGCACAAACAGCCGUGAUUUUCUUCCUCGUAUACAUAGUAUCGUUUUUACUGGCCAGUGCGUAUCUCGCCUUGGGAUCAAUUUCCAGGAAACCUAAGUGCGCCGUGCCUUGGAUUUAUUUGCAAGUGAUUAGCAUAAUAGAUCAGUCUGUGGCGUUGUCUAUUCAUCUGACGCACAAACAACAAUAUGAUGUUUACGAUAAAUCAAUAUGGUACGUUCCACUGUGCAGUGUCUAUCUAGUAUUUUCUGCGUGCAUAUGGAUGCUUGUAUAUAAUGCUCGAAAAGAAUGGAUCGAGGAACAACGGAAUCAUACAGAUUUACCACUAACUUCAACCACAUCGACGAUGCAGUCGAACAAUGGCGGCGGAUUAAAAUCACCAUCGUUCCUCUCGCAGAAUUUUUUGAUGUUCGAUUCACCGAGAGUAUCUCCGAUAUUAUCCAAAUAGCUAAUACACGCAAACUUGUGGACUCUUUGGACUUUGUCCCCAUGUUGCACUUCCCAACAAAAAAAAUACCAGGUAAAACAUACAGUAAUUAAUUGCUUAUGCGUUGCAAGUUCAUUUAACAUUCGUAUAUUUAUUCAUGAUUUCAACUCCUAACUUUAACUUCUUAGCAUAAAAAUCAAUGACUGCUUUCAAGUUUUAUCAUCUUUUUGCGAUACACGUAGUACGUACAUAAUUCGUUCUAUAGAGAGACGCGUAUAGAUAUCAUUUUUAUGUUUCUUUUUCCCCUCUCUCUCUUUUUUUUUUUUUUUCUUUCAAAACAUUUCCAUUUCUAGAAAAGAUUCGAAUCUUAAGUCCGCGUAAUAACCAUUGAUCACUCGCAACUAAUGGAAUGUGCGGAGAGCAGGCAAACUACCAGAAUACGAUGAAUCUCAGUCCCGUAACUGGGAAAAUGUAUAAUAAUACGGGUAACUCGAUAAAUCAGUCCGGGGAUGCGACUAAUAGAGUGUAUCAAAUGCGCCCACGGCGGAGCGUAGCUGCAUAGAAAAUUUGAGAAAUGGCCACGUUUUACGUCGAAAUACUUUUAAACUUCCGGGAUUUGAAUCGCACGCAAGCAUAUUCCCCGUACGAGGACCGGCGUCUCCUAGAUGGAAGUCGAUUUGUCCAAAAAUGGUUGGAACUUUUCUCGAAACUCUCGAGAAUAAUGAUCGAGCGUACAAUAGCUGAUAGAAAAAGACCCUUCUCACGAUUUAUUUCGGGCGUUUCACCACGUUCCUAGGCGAUCAUUUGCGUUCGUCGAAUAGUAACGCAUCAACGGGCGCAACUUUUACAAUAUUCUAGAAUAUCCUUUCACCGCGCAAAUGUUUCUCAAUUUCGUGUUUCUUACACGAGAGUUAGGUUAAGCUGAAACACGUCGUCAAUUUACGUGAUUAUCGAUAACAAGAUAUAUCCUCGACGUAUAAAUUGACGCUAACAAAAACUUUCGUAAGCUUUCCGUUGAACGAUACGGCUGCGAACAUGAAGGACAGACACAGUGGGGUACGCGACGUGGUUGGUUGGUGGUGCUUUUAAAAAGAACUGAGCGAGCCAAUUUGUAGACUGUCGCAAACUUUUAAAACACUAGUUGACAGCCGGUCCGCCCCCUCGCAACUUAUACACCCUCCUCGACACUCGUCCAACCAUCCAGAAGGAUUCCAACCACCAUUCCACGUUCCUCUCUGUCUCUCUGUCUCUCUUCCUCUUUCUUUUUCUCUCUUUCUCGUCUUUCGACUGAAGUACCUACCUACCAGUAGACGGCGAAACUCACCCCUCCGUGUCGUGGAAGCCGAUGGAUUGUAAAAUAAAACUAACUUGGCUCUUUCGUGGAUCGAGAACGAAGUACCGGCGAAAUCUUAUUCCCUCGAGUCUCUUUUAUUUUCGCGUACCCCUUUUUUUUCCAUCAACCAGGGUGCAAUCACGAAAAAGAACUCGACGAAGAGCAGAUAUGUACCACGAAAGAGUCGUGCUUAUUCGAAAAAACGAAGAGGUCUUGAUCUGAGAUCAAAUCAAUUGAAGAUCGUAUUUGCGGCUGUUACUUCCUUAAAAUAUUUCUUGUAAAUUUGUAUGAUACUUAAUACUGAAAUGAGUCUGAAAUAAAUUGGUGCUUGUAAGCUGA